ACCACUAACAAAAUCAUUAUUCUUACCAAAUUUUCUUGCCGUUUCUGAGAGUUCUAGAGAGAGAAAGCAAGAGUUGUAGAGAGAAAAAUGGAGGGUAAAGAGGAGGAUGUGAGGCUAGGAGCCAACAAGUUCACAGAGAGGCAACCAUUGGGUACCUCAGCACAGAGCAAGGACUACAAGGAGCCACCUCCAGCUCCACUUUUUGAGCCUGGUGAACUCCAGUCAUGGUCCUUUUGGAGAGCUGGGAUUGCUGAGUUUAUAGCUACUUUCUUGUUUCUUUAUAUCACAAUCUUGACUGUAAUGGGUGUCAGCAGGUCUGGCAGCAAGUGUGCUUCUGUGGGUAUUCAGGGCAUUGCUUGGGCCUUUGGUGGCAUGAUUUUUGCCCUUGUCUACUGCACUGCUGGCAUCUCAGGUGGACACAUAAAUCCUGCAGUAACAUUUGGUCUGUUUCUAGCAAGAAAAUUGUCUCUAACCAGAGCAAUUUUUUACAUCGUGAUGCAAUGUCUCGGAGCAAUCUGUGGUGCUGGUGUCGUAAAGGGCUUCCAGCCUUCUUUUUACAAGGCUAAUGGUGGUGGUGCUAAUGUUGUUUCCCAUGGUUACACCAAGGGCGAUGGACUUGGUGCUGAGAUUAUUGGCACUUUUGUUCUUGUUUACACUGUCUUUUCUGCUACUGAUGCCAAGAGAAAUGCCAGAGACUCACAUGUCCCUAUUUUGGCUCCACUCCCAAUUGGAUUUGCCGUCUUUUUGGUUCACUUGGCAACCAUCCCCAUCACCGGAACUGGCAUCAACCCAGCCAGAAGCCUUGGCGCCGCCAUCAUUUACAACAAAGAUCAUGCUUGGGAUGAUCACUGGAUCUUCUGGGUCGGACCUUUCAUUGGAGCUGCCCUUGCUGCACUUUACCAUCAGGUUAUCAUUCGAGCCAUCCCAUUUAAGAGUAGCAGCUGAAGAGGAUGCUUGUUUUGGCUUAGUUUUUGCCUUCAUGGAGUCGAUGGUGUGUGAAAACCUGCAAAUUUCGUCUUAUCAUGAUCUAGGUUGUGUUUAUUGUAGUCAGUAUUUUCGUUUGUGGAUUUGAAGAAUUUAAGGAAACAGUAUGUUUGGUUGUAUGUGAUAAAAAUACUGGAUCGGUUUGUAGUAAUGUGGUCUCUUUUUUCUAAAUGUUGUUGGCCCACACACCUUGUGGUGCGACCGCUCUACCGAAGAUUUUCUCCUAAGUACCCCUUGGCACAUAAAAUCGAACUGCGUCAGCUUAUGUGGUGUGACCGUCUUACCGAAGAUUUUCUCCUUAGUAUGUUGGUUGUAUGUGACAAAUACUGAAUCAGUUUGUGGUA